AAUGCAGUCAAUUCCUAUAAAUGUUUUUUUUUCCUACAAACACAAAAUAUUCUGUUGUUAAAAUGCAUCUGAAAGUUGCGGCAUCUUUUCUACUACUACUAGCUUUGAUUAAUGUCCACCAGACGGAAGAGAUUUCUAGAGAUUCAAGAAUAAUUGGUGGACUUGACGCUAACGCCGGACAAUACAAAUUUGCCGCUGCUAUCACUGUUACUACAGAAACUAGCAGAUUCUUUUGCGGAGGAUCUCUUCUUACAAACCAGUGGAUUAUAACUGCCGGACAAUGCGUUAACGGGGCAACGCUAUUUACAAUUCAGAUAGGGUCCAACAAAUUAACCGAGGAUGAUACCAAUCGAGUAAUUGUUGCCACGUCAGAAUACGUUAUACAUCCAGAAUUCAACCCAACUACACUGGAAAAUGACGUAGGACUUAUCAAACUAAGAAUUCCAGUAGAGUUUACAAACUACGUUAACACAAUAUACUAUGCAGACUCCACUCCAGUAGGAAAUUCUACUAGUCUCGUGGCAAUAGGAUGGGGACAGACUAGUGAUGACGAUCCUGAGUUGUCUGAGCAUCUUCAGGGGGUUCAAGUAGUCUCAAUAUCAAAUGAAGAAUGUAGAUUCACAUAUGGGAGCCAACUUACUGAUAACAUGCUUUGUGUCGCUGGAUCUUAUAAUGAAGGAACCUGCAUAGGUGACACAGGUAGCGCACUAAUACAAAUUGUAAGUAGAGGAGCACAGGUGCACACAGGAAUUGCAAGUUUUGUAAGUGGAAAUGGCUGUCAGAGUACUGAUCCUUCGGGAUAUACAAGGACACAUCCCUAUCUUGACUGGAUAAAAAGUAUAAUUCUUGCCUAAAAGAGAUUUUCACUUCAAUAAAGAGUUUCUCAAAACAAAAUUUUCUAAAAA